CCCGCCCACGGGAGCAGGAGCCCCCUUGAAGCAGGCGUUUCAAGAUGGCGCCGGCUGGGCGGGGGAGGCGGCUCCCGUGAGGAGACGGCAGCUGAGGCACUCCCUCCACUCCCCCGGCCCGGGAAAGCGGAGCGGCGGGGACACCCGGAAUGGCCCAGGAAACCAAUACUUAAGUGUGGGGUGACUGGAAGCCUUCCUUAUUCUUCUCUGUACUCCGCACAACGACAAAUGGUCCCAUACUGCCUCCCUCCCACCACUUCUCUUCUGUCGAAAGAAGAAAAGGAGACCUGCUUGUCCAAUGAAGAUGCACUCUACUUAGUCUUCAGCUAUUUAAGCUGAAUGCAUUGUGAUUUCCAAUAAUUGAGACAGUGAUUCUGAAAGCUGUCUACAUUAAUGAAAAGAACAAUGUAGUCAGCUUAACUGAAUCAUCAGUGUUGCAUAUUGAAUAGAACAUGAUAAACCUAUCUUGAUGGACUUGUGCAUGUUAGGAAUAUAGAUUAUAUACAUUUAUUUAAAGCUUUGUUUUUUAAAACAGUAGUUUUACAGUUUAAAUAUGGAGAAAACUGAAAAUGCACCUCCCCUCCCCAAAGAACCUGCAAGAGAAAUGAAUGUGGAGAACCAGACUUGUCCCCCACCUCUGCCGCCUAAUGAACAGCCUCCACCACCUCCCCUGCAAACGUCCAGUGACGCAGAGGUAAUGGACGUUGGCUCUGGUGGUGAUGGACAGUCAGAUACCCCUGCUGGGGACGCGCACACUGUCUGCAGAACACAGCUUCUGACAAAGGGAUCUGCUUGCUACAAAACUCGUCUUAUAAUAGACCCUAACAAUAGUGACCAAAGCCCAAGAACUGCUCGUCAUGCACCUUCAGUUCGAAAGUUCACCCCUGAUCUUAAGUUACUUAAAGAUGUAAAAAUUAGUGUUAGCUUUACAGAAAGCUGCAAAAGCAAAGACAGAAAAGUUCUGUACACUGGAGCUGAGCAAGAUUAUAAACCAGAUACAGAUUUUAGUAUUAAUAAUGUCAAUGGGGAUUUGUAUGUUUGUCCUUUUGGUGGUAGUAAUGGUAAAGCUGUAGGUGUAGGGGGUGAAAAUGAUGACAAGAAGGAUGAUGAAAAUGAUAUUGAUCAGGAAAAGAGAGUGGAAUAUGCAGUUCUGGAUGAGUUAGAAGAUUUUACUGACAAUUUGAUGGAAAUUGAUGAAGAAGGAGGAGGGUUCACAUCUAAAGCAAUCGUUCAAAGAGAUAAAGCAGAUGAAGAAACCUUGAAUUACUCUUAUGAGGAUGAUUUUGAUAAUGAUGUGGAUGCUCUGCUGGAAGAGGGCCUUCGAGCUCCCAAAAAGAGGAGAAUAGAUGAGAAAUAUGGAGGCGAGAGUGACCACCCAUCUGAUGGAGAGACAAGCGUGCAGCCAAUGAUGACCAAAAUAAAAACUGUACUUAAAAGUCGUGGCCGUCCUCCUACGGAACCAUUGCCUGAUGGAUGGAUCAUGACAUUCCAUAACUCAGGCAUUCCUGUAUAUCUGCACAGAGAAUCCAGAGUUGUUACCUGGUCCAGACCUUAUUUCUUGGGAACAGGAAGCAUAAGGAAACAUGAUCCUCCCUUGAGUAGCAUUCCCUGUCUGCAUUACAAGAAAAUGAAGGACAAUGAGGAAAGGGAACAAAACAAUGACAUAACCCCAAAUGGGGAAGUAUCGCCUAUAAAGCACGUAGACAAGUCUUCAGAACUGGACUGCCAAACAGAGGAGCCGGACUCCACUGCUGCUGAUUCUGGGCCUUUAGAUGAGAGAGAGCCUUCAGGGGGUGAUGCAGCACCAGGAGCCUUAGGACAAGUUAAGGCCAAAGUUGAAGUGUGUAAAGAUGAAUCUGUAGACCUUGAGGAUUUUAGACACUACCUUGAAAAGCGUUUUGAUUUUGAACAAGUUACCGUAAAAAAAUUCAGAACCUGGGCUGAGAGACGACAGUUCAACCGUGAAAUGAAGCGGAAGCAGGCGGAGUCUGAGCGGCCUAUUCUGCCAGCCAAUCAGAAACUCAUUACCUUGUCUGUGCAAGAUGCACCUACAAAGAAAGAGUUUGUUAUUAAUCCCAAUGGGAAGUCUGAAGUUUGCAUACUGCAUGAAUAUAUGCAGCGAGUCCUAAAGGUCCGCCCUGUUUACAAUUUCUUUGAAUGUGAGAACCCAAGUGAGCCUUUUGGAGCCUCAGUGAUUAUUGAUGGAGUGACUUAUGGGGCAGGAACUGCAAGCAGCAAAAAACUCGCCAAGAAUAAAGCUGCCCGAGCUACACUGGAAAUCCUCAUUCCUGACUUUGUUAAACAGACCUCUGAGGAAAAGCCCAAAGACAGUGAAGAACUUGAGUAUUUUAACCAUAUCAGUAUUGAGGACUCACGGGUAUAUGAACUGACCAGUAAAGCUGGACUGUUGUCUCCAUAUCAGAUUCUCCAUGAGUGCCUUAAAAGAAACCAUGGAAUGGGUGACACAUCUAUCAAGUUUGAAGUGAUUCCUGGUAAAAAUCAGAAGAGUGAAUAUGUCAUGACUUGUGGCAAGCACACAGUGCGAGGCUGGUGUAAGAACAAGAGAGUUGGGAAACAACUAGCUUCUCAGAAAAUCCUACAGCUCCUGCAUCCGCACGUGAAAAACUGGGGCUCUUUAUUGCGUAUGUAUGGUAGAGAGAAUAGCAAGAUGGUCAAACAGGAAACCUCUGAUAAAAGCGUGAUAGAACUUCAGCAGUAUGCCAAAAAGAACAAGCCAAAUCUACACAUUCUGAACAAGUUACAGGAAGAAAUGAAAAAGUUGGCACAAGAAAGAGAGGAAACUCGAAAGAAACCCAAGAUGACAAUAGUAGAAUCAGCGCAACCUGGUAGUGAACCUCUGUGUACUGUUGAUGUGUGACCAGAAAACUUACGAGUGGGGAGCAAUAACAAAUGGAGAAACUACUUUCAACAAUUAUUUAAGAAUCUAUUUGCUGCAGAAUGCAAGAUAACGUUACAAUCCCGGCUGCUUCAGUUAUGCAUUGUUCUUUUGCAUCAUCAGGGCAAUAGUACUUUUUUUUACCUCCUGAGAUAUGUAUGUUUAAAUGAUUGAUCAUAAAGAUCUCUACUUGGGCAAAUGCACAGAGGAUAGGCAUGUUCACACAGGAUACAUUUAAGCAAGCACUUUUUCCUUGAAAGUCAUCCAUGUUGUCUCGAAUGGAUGUGUUUAAGGAUCAAAUUCAGAAAAUCUAUGUACAGGUUGAAGCUGAUAUAUUAUAUAUAAAUUUUUAUAUAUACACACUCUUGUAUGAACAUGCCUAAAAUUAUUUUUGUGAAAAAUUUUGUUGCAUUUCAGCACAUAAUAAUAUGCACUGAUAAGACACUUUGACAGAUACAUGAAAAAGUGAUGAGCGAUGUUCCUAAUGUCAUAGGAUUAGGCCAGUAAUGCUGUUUUUAUUUUGUGUACUGCCAGGCUAAGGUUGGUUUGGUUUUAAUUUUUUUUUUGAGAUCACAGUAUGCAGGGUGUUUUUGGGUUUUUGUGGUUUUUUUUUACUUGAAAAGAACAAGUGUACCUGGUAGUGUUAAGAGCAACAAGUUGGAUAACCCAAAUUGUUGGGCUUUAUUUUAAAGGAAAAGUUAUGAUUGUUUACAAACCAAUUAGAAGGGAAAAUAUUUGGCCGUCUAGUUCAGUGUUUCCCAACCAGUGGGUCGUGGAAUUUUUUGAAAAACGACAUGCGAGAAUGGAUGGGGGGAACUGCCGUCUGAUUGGCAAUAUGCCUCACUGUCCCACCACCUCCAAGGACGGAGCAACCAAUCGGAGCUCAGUCUCCCUCUCCUUCCCUCCUGCAGCUGCUUAUGUGAAGAGCAGUGGGAAGAGUCCCUGGAGCUAGAGAUGUGCCAUGGCAGAGGAAAGGUUGGGAAUCACUGCAAUUUGAUAUAAACUGCAAUUAACUUAGCCACUGAGAGGCUAUCUGCAGAGCUUGAAGGAGAAAUAUAACUGAAGACUGUUGAUGGAUAUUCUGAAAUAUAUUGCCAGUGCAUUGUUUAAAGAAGCUCCACCCUUACUCCCCUGUAAUAUAGUGAUUUUAAUUUGUUUGGUGUCUGGCCAUGUUACUUGUUUAGUUAAGUUUUAGAUAACUUGUUUAAAAAAAUAGUUCAUUUAAUGAAGCAAUUUCUCCUUGUGGCCUGGCCUUUAGAAAUGCUAAAUUAACUGAUUGCAGCUAUCUUACAUUUUUUUUAAAAAAGUUGUUACUGACUUUUUACUUACAUUUUUCUUCAAAUGCUAAAAAAACUUAACUUCUGCAAUGGAAAUUAGAACGUAGAUUUGGGAUACAACAUAGAAAAGACUAGACUAAGACCUUAAUAAAGUGUACUGAUUAAGAUGAAAAAGGACAUGAAUAUGCAAGCAUUUUUGAAAUACAAUCUUAGAAAACGGGCAGUACUUACUGUAUCUGCUGAGGCUUUAAUAAGUUAUGCACAGAAGAAAUAUUUUGGUUGUAGUGAAAGCAGCUUUUUCCCCUUUAUUUAGGGUUUUUACUUUAUUGACUAAUGCAGUAAAUUCCUCAGAUUUGAAGCGGGAACCAUUUUGUGCUUAAAAGAAGUGGGGGAAUGGAAUGGCAAGAAGCCAGUUUGGUGGUAGGGGUCCAGGGACUUAUCUAGGAGUUGAUAUUAGUACAGCUAUAUUUUACGCUCCCUAAAUAAAAUUGGUGGGACAGAGAGCUACAGUUCUUAAUCCUUAUAAAUGCUGCAGGUCUGGUACUUGUCUGGACAGUUGUCAUUCUUGAUGAGUACAGCAUACUGCAGUAUACUGACUGUGCCAACUGGAUUUUAACACCUUUAAUAUCAGCCCUGCUAUUUUGGAAAUUAGAAAACUUAAAUUUUUGAUCCCAAGUUAAAGUUCUGUAAUUUAUUGCUUCUGAUAUUUGAGAUCAGUCUCAUCUGUUUCUGUAUUUGCAUUGUUAAGUGAUAUGCUCAGAGGUGUCUGCAAAUAAGAACUCACCCAAUCUUCAUUAUCAUAUUCAGCUUUUGAGUUCUGUGAAUUGUAAUCCUGUUUUCAGUACAGAAGGAUAGGUGGAGGAUGACACAUUAUUUUUAAAGCGACCUAUCUAAGAAGUACUGCCUCUGCUUAUUUUCUUUUAAUAUAGCUUUAAUCUCCAUCUUUUGAAAGAUGUGUAACAUUGGUGCAGUACUUACAAGCAGUAGUUGCUGCUUCUCUCUGACUUUGAUGAAGACAGGGCUUAUAUCUUUGCCUAAAUGUAUUACUGUGUAAGUAGGUGUUUUUUUCAGUUUGUGUGUUUUCUAGCAGAAAAAUCUGUCCUUGGCCAAUACUGUAAAAGACAAAUCAUCCCUGUGGAUCUUUGUCCAAAAUCAGAAUGUCAAUAUUUUGCAGGCCACCUGCAGAUUAUCCAUAGAUGCCUCAUUUAGGAAUUUGUUUUUAUUGUGUUCUAAGAGGAUUGCUGUAUUGAGCAUUUUGCUUUAGUCUUACCUCAAUCUGCCACUAUCUGAAUCGUAAGGUGACCAUUGCCCUUAAAUAAAACAUCUAGAUAUUUCAUUGUGAACCAAAGCCUCUCACAUAUUAUGCAUUCUUUAAAAGGAUGGUAUUAGACCUUGCUGCAGCCUUUAACUGGAGAGUUGUCCAGAAAAUAAAGCGCAAUAACUGCUGGAACAAACAACUUAACUGCUGUUUAUUGUCAUUGUGAAGUAUUCUUGUGUUUUAAUGUUUACUAUUGUUUGUAGUGUAACAGUCUUGCAUUUGCACAUAAGCACGAGCUGCUGUGAUAGAGGAUAGGUCAUUGCAUUAAUUUCAGCUUCUGCAUGAACACUAAGGUGUGAUUCAAGAUGUACCCUAAAUUUGUCUUGUAACUCGUGUGUUUUUUAGGUAACCAGCUGUAAAGGUUUAGAUCUUGAUUGUAUGAAUGCAUAAAGCAAAACUACUGCUUUUGUCACUGAUCUUUGUUCCUUAUCCUAGGAAAGGUGGAUAUUUUUAUGGGGAUGGAAUGUAUUAAUAAGAACUGUUCCAUCCUUUGGAAAUUAGACCUAUUCUGCUUUGCAUAUUAUGUGCUUCUUGACAGAAGUGUGGUGUAUUGACUUUAAGGGUUAAAUUAGCGUGCAUUCAAAUCUUUAUGGUACUGAAUGAAAAGUUACUGUGACUUCCAGUGAAAUAGUCAGAUGCUACCUAUUUAAACACAAGUCAUUCAGCUUUAAAUAUUUAUUAAAUGAGAUAAAGUAGUUGGGUUCCCAGAUGCUUGACAUGGCUCUGUUAUGCAUAAAAACUCUUGCUGUUGUAUGUAAACUCCCGAUGACACUGUUAGGCUUUACAUACAAUGCACACUUGGAACAUCUAAGUAUUCUUUCUUUAAAAGCUUGAUUACAUCCUACACAUGCACUAUAUUUUGGUUCUGGAGCAAAGUUCACAAAGAUAAUUGCCUUGUCAAACUUCCUGUGGGAAGAAUUUUAGAUUAAGUAUCAGAAAAGUCCAAGAACUAAUGCCAUUCUCAACAAAAUACAAGGUGAACAGUAUUCUGACGUGUAUUUGAGAAGGGAAAAGUGAAUAAUGCAUUCUUAUGUGCCCAAGUAGAUAACAAUGGUUGCUGUAUGAAUUGUAUUGAGUGCAGUUGCUUGAUGCCAGUGCUAAAUUGGUACAACUAUAAAGCCUCAUUUUCACUGAG